AAAACGAAUAAAAGUAAAAAAAGAAGAUAAAGGAAGAGGAGGAAAAAGAAGAUGGGGGAGGAAAAAACGAAAUAGUAAAAUAAAUAAAAAAAAAAUACAAAAAUGUCGCCAACGGGGCGAGACAUUACAUGCAUAUAUAUAUAUACAUACAUACAUACAUACAUGCAUACAUACAUACAUACAUAUAUACUUACAUUAUUAUAUAUAUAUGUAUGUGUGUGUGUACACUGAGAGAAAGAGAAAAAAAUAGAGAGAGAGGAAGAGAGAGAGAGAGAGAGAGAGGCACGAUUUACGAUCUAACUCUACGAACUCGUUUAAGCGUCGAAUAGUACUUAUCGUUGAGAGAUUAUCGAGCGAGAACGACUACUCGCCUGCGAGUGAAUGUUUAUUCCGGUGCGACAGGUAUGUGCGAUUAUUCUUCGCAUGUGAAUAAGCUUAAAAAAAAUAUUAUAAUUAUAAAAUGUUUUUCUGUGAUAAAUCCAAAAAAACUUAGCCGCGGCUCGAGGGAUACGUUCACGUCGACGACACGAUUUUGCAAACCCCCACUCGUUUCCUUCUUCCCAUAUCCUACACUCUGCCAUCAAAAUCCUUUUUAGAAAGUUCGAAAAGUCCUAACCAGUCAGCUCCAAAUCCCUUAACCGGUAUCCCUUCUCCGAUUUGAAAAGAGAAUCUCGUUUAUAUCGAGAAUAUCGAUAUAACUUUAAUCGCGAGUUAAAUAAGGAACAAAAAACAAAUCGUAAAAAGAUUUGCGAGCGUGUCCGCGCGUGAAGAAAGAGAAUAAAAAAAAAAAAAUUAGAAAAGAUUACGCGUUGAUAUAGCGCGUACGCGAAAGAGUCACAAGUUAAAAUAUAUAUAUAUACAUGCAUACGUACAUAAAUACAUAUAUACAUACAUACGUACACACAUACACUUAUACACGUGUAGAUAGAGAUAGAGAGAAAGAAAGAGAGAGAAAGAUAGCAGACGUACGUACACAUGUAUCAUAUAAAAACGUCGUGCCGUCUAUGAGAAGGAGUAAGAGAGGAUAAAAGAGGAUGGGGGAAGAUCGAACCCUCUAAUCUUACGAUUCUUUAGUCUCGUGAAGGCAUAGCAGAUGACCAAGCUUUUAAUUAACGAUGUACACGUAAAUUGUAAAACGUAAUUACGCGUGUGCGCGCGAAAGCGUACUCUAAUGGGCACUUCAUUAAAGCACUAAUUAAAUUAAAGUAAUCAUAAAGGAACUUCGAUAAACGCUAAAAGAAUUAAUAAUAACUUUUAAUAAUAAUAAUAAUAAAAUAAAUAAUAAUUAUUAUUGUAAUUAUAAUUAUAAAUAAUAAAUAUAAGAAUUAAUAAGUAUUAUAACUAAUGGUGAAAAUAAUAAUAAUUAUUAUAAUUAUAAUUAUAAUAUAAUAAUAAUAUUAAAAUAAUAUUAAUAAUAAUUAUUAUAAAAUAGUGAUAUAAAAAUAUAUAUAUAAAUAUAUAUAUAUGUGUAUAUAUUUAUAUAUAUAUAUAUACAUAUACGGGAAAGAAAAUAAAAUAAAUAUUCCUUCGACUCGUCUCGACGGCAUGCUUUGGUCGAACGAUUACACAAAAGACUCUCUUAGAUAAAAAAAAAACAAAAAAAUAAAAAAAGACAAAACAAAAAAACAAAAAGAAGAAAAAAGAACAGAUGAAAAGAGAAGAAAAAAGCGGAGUGUGGCGGUGUAUAAAGUGGCUUCGUUUAAAAUAUUAAACAAAUGGACAUGGGAGAAAAAUGGAGGCACAGAUGAGGUCGGCACAGCAACAGGCGAAAGAAAGGUGCGCUAAUUUAACGACGACGACGACUUAACGCACAAAAUGUUUCAAACACGCGAUUAUAGACGAGUUAAUGCAGUGAGUCGUACCUAUUCUCGAUUCGAAGGCCGCCAUAUGUGAAAAGGAAAUAAUAUGAAGGGAUGAAGGGACGAACGAAAGAAAAGAAAAUUGAACGACCCGAAAGAAAAUCGAUCGAUUUAAAAAAAUAAAAAAAGAAUAAAAAAGAAAAUUAACGCGAAGGAUGUCUCAACAAAGUCGAAAUCUUUCUUUUUUUCUUUUUAUUUAUUUAGUUAUUUAUUUAUUUAAUUUCCUGACAAAAGUUUAUUCAAUUUCCCGUUGCAUUUAACUUCUCGCAUUCGUCGUAUAUCUUUAAACGUUGAGCGCUCUUCUAAUCUCGUUCGAUUAGAAAUUAUAACGAGACGUUAUAACUUGUAGAAAAGUAAAAUUAAAUUGCAUCGAGUGUCAAGAAAUUAAAUGUAUUUCUAAUGUAUUGUAAUAAACUAACGUAAUAUUUUGGACCUGCGAACACGUGAGACAUACUAAAUUCAGAUAAAUAAUUUAAUAAUAAUUGGAAAUGUCUGAUCGAAGGAUUAGAGCCGAUCAAACUUGCAACGAAAGAGAGGAAAAAAUAAAAAAGGAAAAAAAGAAAGAAAGAAAGAAAAAAGAACGAAAGAAAUAAUGAGAGAAAAAAGAAGACGUACAAAUGAGACUCCCAAUUUCGUUUAUUUCUUAAUCGAAUAAAUAGAUUUGCGUUUUUAAGACAUUACACAUUAUAUACAUAUGUAUAUGUAUAUACAUACAUACAUAUAUGCAUGUAACAUCAUCGUCUCUGAGCGUUUAGUGCACAACAAUGAAUGUAGCAUAAAUCAUAUAUUACACACGUACGAUACACGUAAAGAUACGAACACAAACAUACAAAGGACACGUACAGAGAGACAGACUAUGUAAAUAAAAUACAAUUUUAUAAAAAGAAUAUGCAAAGUGCGAGUGUUUUAGCGCGUGAUUAUCGAUGAUCAGUUCUUUUACUUCUCUUGGCGUUACGCUAUUAAAUGUUUUUCUUUUCUUUCCAAUUCCAAUAGAUUCUCGUUGCAAUAUAAAUGCACGUAUAAAAAAAAAAUAUAUAUAUAUAAAUAGAUACAAACAUACAUAUAUCUCUACAUCUCGAGACAGAUCUAUUCAGGGUACUACAGCAUGGUUCAACGAUGACUGUACUUUCCGCGUGAUUAUUUAACAAGUAUUUUUAUAGAAAAAAAAAAAAUAAUAAAAAAGAAAUUGGGAGUCUUAAGGGUAACGAUAACGAUACGAAAGAUAACGAUGUAAAUAGGAUAGAAACGAUCGGCAGGAGAUCCAAUAUGAAAAAUAUCGCGUUAUUUGAUCACGGAAGUUUUUUAUUUGUUAUAAAAUUAAAAAAGAUAAGGAAAUAAAAGAAAAGAAAAGAAAGAAAGAAAGAUCGAGCGGCAGCGAACGGAAAACGAAAUACGAGGAACGAUGACGCAAAAUAUAUUACGAUUAAGGGUUUUUCUACUUACCUAUAUAGAUAAAAGAAGAACACGCAUGCACGCACGAUAAUGCAAAAAAAGUCAACGAGCGCGAGCGCGUAUAUCUAUAAGUGUGUUCGUAUUUGUCGAUGAUUAUAUUUGCGUUAAUCGUGCGAGCGCGUUCGUAAAGCCGUUCGCGAUUUGUACAUACAUACAUACUUACAUUACAUACAUACGUAUCGUGAAUAGGUACGUACAUAUAAUAAUAGUAAUUAAUACCAAAAAAGAAAAAAUGAACACACCCACAUGCACACACAUGUACACAAACAAACGAAAAAAAAAACAACUACAACAAAAUCCAAACGAUGUAAGGGAGAUACAAAACGAAACUAACGAAAUUGCAUAUUCGAAAUGCUAAUAAACACGCUACGAUAAUAAAUAAAUAAAUAAAUAAAUAAAUAAAUCAUUAAAAGGAAAAAAAGCGAAUGAAGAAAAAUAGAUAAUUGACUAAAUAGAUAAAUUAAUUAAUUAAUUAAUUGAUUAAUUGAUUAAUAUGUGAAGAGAACUUCGUCGCGCUAGAUAUCUCGAGCGUGAAUGCCGAGGCUCCGUAGAAUUUCAUACUUUUGCAAAUAAUCGUAAUCUCGAUAAACUAUUCUAACGAUUCUCUCUUUCUCUCUCUUACUCUCUCUCCUUCUCUCUCUCUCUCUCUCUUCACUCUCUUUCUCUCUCUCGCUUUCUCUCUCUCUCCCAGUGUUUUUCUCGUUCUCUAUCUCUCUCUUACCCUCUCUUACUCAAAACUCCUUUCUUGUUUUCUGUCUCUCUCUCUCUCUUUCUUCUUCCCUUUUUCUCACUCUCUCCCUCCCUCUUUCUCUCUCUCUCUCUCUCUCUCUCUCUUUAUCAAUUUCCUUCUCUCUUCAGGUACAUCCGAGAGAUUUCAAAAUUAAAUUUUCGCAGGAUCUUCGCGAGUUUGAAUUCAAUUGUGGUUUACGCGAGCAAAUCUUCACGAUCGUAAAGGAACCAUCGUUUAAAGAAAAAGAGUAAAAAGAAAAGAUAACAAAAGGAAAGCAAGCAACAAAAAAGAAAAAAGAAAAACUAGGAGAAAGAUUUCGUUGUUGCAUUUUUAAAUUGAGCGUUUGUCUUAUCAGUAUUUUCUUUGUCUUCAUUCAUAUCGAUCGAUAAUGGCUCGAGUCAUCGAAAACGACGGGUUUUGAUUCGAUCAAUAAGAAUCGUUCAAUGUUGCGUGUAUGUAUAAUAUCUUAUAUACAUACGUUUUGUAAAAUAAGAGUUGCCUUAAACUAAUAAAAUUAACGCAAUCGUACGUUCUUCGAUAGAAAAAAAUAGAGAAGAGAAAACUCGAUUGAGCGAAAAUUCAAAAGUCGUUUCGAUCUUUCGAUAAGUUUUUGUUUUCUUACUUUUUCUUUUAUUAUCUAGCUAAACGUUAUCCUCGCGAAUCAUUUUAUCCUUUUGAAAAUUAGUUUCAUCGACGUACUGUCAGGAGCCGGUGAUUAGCGAAUGGAAGAAGAAAAAAAAAUAGAAAGUCUAGACGAUAACGAUGAUAACGAUGUUCGUGCAACAUUUGCUCGCGUGGGCGUGCGUGCAUGUGCCUACGAAAAAAAAAAGAAAAAGAAAAAAGAAGAAAAAAAAAACAGAAAAAAACAUAGGUCUCGUUUUAAAAUACUUAGAAAUUAAAGGGAAAAAAAAAUACAUAAAAGUAAAGAAGCAAGAGAAAGAUAGGAUGACAGGAGACGAAGAAAUUCCGAAGAAGAGGGAACGCGCGAGUAUGCGUGUCAAUUCGCUGCAAGAUAAGAUCGUUCGUAUCGAGAAACAAAGAUAGAAAGAUAAAGAUAAAGAUAAAGAUAAAAAAGAGGGAGAGAGAAGAGGUGGUCGCCCGUAAUCAGCGAUCCAUGCGUCAUUUAUUUUAAACUUUUAUUAUUAUUAUAGUAGUAUUAUAAUUGUAAUUAUUAUAGAGUUAUUAUUUAGCAUUAUUCUUAUUAUCACCAUUAUUAUUGUUGUUGUUGUUAUUAUUAUUAUUAUUAUUAUUAUUAUUAUUAUUAUUAUUAUUGUUUAACGUUAUCUUUAUCAUUAUUAUUACUAUUAUUGUUAUCGUUAUAUUGUAACUCUUUAAUAUUAUUAAUUAAUAUCAUUAUUAUUAUUAUUAAUUACUGUUAUCAUUAUUGUUACUAUCAUCGUUAUCGUAAUUUUUAUCAUCAUUAUGUAAAAGAGAGGAAAGAAGAAAAGCUGGAAAGGAGAUAACCCAUCGAAGCUUUAACUUUGAAUAAAAGAAUUAAUUAUAAAAAAGGGUAUAGAGGUUAAGCAUGCGUGCGCAGUGAGCGAACGAUUCACUGGGCGAAUCGAGGUGAUUCGGUGUUGGAAGUUGCGCGAGGGUUGCGCUAAGGUUGCGACAAUUUUUUAUGCUUGGAUUAUGUUUCUCUCGUCAUUAGGAGAACGGAAUCGGGGGUAGGGGGAGGUAUGCGGAGGAGGUGGUGGAGAGAAACGAAGAUAGGGAUUGAAAUAGAAAAAAAAGAAGAAGAAAAAAGAUAAAGAAGAAAGCGUCUCCUGCGCGCAGCAUCCCACUGGACCUCGCAUUACUGUAAACUUAUUGUAUAAUACUUAUACAUAUAUACAUAUAGACCUAUACAUAUACGCGAUAAUGCUAACAAGAAGAGGAGGAAGAGGUAGAAGUAGAGAAGGAGGAGGAAGAGGAGGAGGAGGAAGAAAACAAAAACAAAGAAAAAAAAAUAACAAAAAAUAAAAAAAGAAAAAAGAAAAAGAGAGAGAGUAAAGAAAAAAUUUACUUGUUUUUUUCUCCGAAAGAGCGAACGAGAGCGAGGAGUGCCGAUUGUACCUUUAUACAUAAAAAAAAAUUUAAAAAAAGAAAGAACGAAAGGAAGGAAGAAAGAAAGAAAGAAAGAAACGCAUGGGAAACGUCGCGUGCGUUUUUGCGCGUUGCAUCAAUCCGAAGAGAAUCAUUUCGAGAUGAGAAAAAUAGCGAACAAAUAGAGAUAAAAAGAAAUUAAAAGAGAUAAGGAAAAGGAAAAGGAGGGAAGAAAAGAAGGAUUCUUAACUUCGGCUCUCUUCUGUCUUCUUUUCACAUUCUUCAUCGUUUUUUCUUGGCGAAAAAGAAAAAGAAAAUUGUAAAAGCAAAACGAAACGAUUCCGUUUUUCUCGUUUUUCUCUUCGACACGACGCGCAUGCGCACGCGAACGAGCGAGCCUCAUCUCCGUAUCACUUGUCGCCUUCUCGUCCUCUUAGACGAGAACAAGAGAUAAACCGAAGAGGGAAGAGAAUUUUGGGCGGAUUUUUCAAAAAUUCAUUCGAAUCAGCGCGAGUAUCUUACUCUAUCCUCUUCGGCGAGAACUACUCGCGUCCGUGUGUUUGUUUGUAUGCGUGUUUGUAUGCGUGUAUACGUGCGUGCGUGCGAGCGAGCGAACGUGUGCGUGUAUAUGUGUGUACGUGCGUGCGUGCAUGCAAUUGCAUAUGUCUCGUUUGUGAAUACGCGUAGGAAUGUGUACGUGUGCGUCGUGCUUGUGUGCUUGUUUAAGUAUAUAAGAAAAGAAUAAUAAAAAGAGCGUGUGAAGAGCGUAAUCUGAUCCUUCAGCUCACGAUUUAGAACGAAAGAAAAAAAAUAAAUAAAAAAAAUAAAUAAAUAAUUAAAUAAAUAAAUAACAACAACAAAAAUAAGAGGCGAAAGAAAUGAGCAAAACGGAGAUACGGUCGGUGAUUAUAAUAUAUAUAUAUAUAUAUAUACAUAUAUAUAUGUAUGUAUGUAUGUAUGUAUGUAUGUAUGUGUAUAUAUAUAUAUAUAUAUAUAUA